AUGAACGUAGCAAGAUAUUGUGAAAAACUUGAAGACUUGGAGAAAAUUCGGGGGAAGGAGAGGAAAGUCAACCUCGUGCUCGAUCCAGACCUGGCCGGCGUUCGCUCGAGGUCGCCGGCGCUGGGGAAGAGGAGGGAGGCGCGGCGCGGCUCCGGCGAUGCGGGAGGAAGGAGAGGAGGCGGCAGCGCCUGCGAGGAGGACGGCGGGGCUCGCGGCGACGGGCGGAGGGGAAGCACGCGCGGCGGCGGCGAGUGGCGGGCUCGUCUGGCCGGACGCCGGCGCGGCGGAGCGGCGGGGCUGGCGGCGCGCGGUGGAGCGGCGGGCGCGCGGGGAGGCGGGCGCGAGCGGGCGGCGGCGCGGGAGGAACGGGCCGGGAGGGCUUGCCCCGGGCCCGGGCGGGCUUCGGCGGCAGCGGCGACCGGGUGCUGA